GCCAGCCAUCGUCGUUCUUUUCUGUUCAAAAAUUUCUUCGGCGAAUUAAUCACGCGUCCUCUCUCUGCGAAAGCUAUUAACUUUCUGCCCCUAAAAUUGAAAUAAGUUGGAAAUUCUACAACUUUUGAGGAAACCCAUUUGUUUUUUAAGUUGGGGUUUUCGAAAGGAGGAGGUCCUGCUGGUUCUUUGAUACCCAUCUUAAUUUUAUAGCGCUGGAAACUCUUUUGAUUUCGGAGAAGAUCGAUUUUGGUCUCUAGAACAUAAAAUCUGCUCUAUCUGCACCAGUUCAGUAUUAAUUUCAAAGGGUUUGUUCCAGCUAUCCUGUUUGAGCAAGUGUUUCGCUGAGGUACAGUGCCCUUAUACUACUGCAGAUGUAUAUGGAAGCAGAUUUGAGAGUAUACGUAAGAUACCAACUAAAUUAAAUGAUUUCUGCGUCUUAAUUGGAGGUUCUCUUCAAUCUAUUACUAAUUGAUACAGUCAGUUGCCAAAACUGCAAAAGAUAAUGGUUUCAACUGAAAAUGGGAAAAGCGCAACAGAGAUUCAAGAAGACUUGGGAGCAACUGCAACGCAAAACGGUUAUGGAGGCAAAAAUCACAUUCCUCUUUACCUAGGUUCAUCUCAAAGGGGAUUAUUGGAUGAGAAAAAACGUGGGAAAAGAUUUCAGGAUAAAGUAAUAGGCCUCCCUAAGUUUAUGAGAUUUGGGUCUUCUAGCAGAUUCCCUUCUGCUUCUUCCAAGUUCUGGAAGAUUACAGAUGAAAACCAAGAUGUCUCAUGCUCUGCCGCUCAUCGCUCUACUCAAGGUUCCACAAAACUCUCUAUUAUUCCUUUUGUCCGCAAAAUCAACUGGACAUCUUUAUGGGAAGCGUAUAAACAGUGGAUAAGGAAUCCUCUGAACAUGGCCCUUUUUGUUUGGAUUGUUUGUGUUGCCAUAUCAGGCGCCAUUCUCUUCCUAGUUAUGACCGGAAUGCUUAACAGUGCUUUACCAAGGAAAUCCCAACGUGACACCUGGUUUGAGGUCAACAACCAAAUCUUAAAUGCAUUAUUUACUCUCAUGUGCCUCUAUCAACAUCCUAAGAGGUUCCAUCAUCUUGUUCUCUUGUGCCGUUGGCGAUCACAAGACAUUCUCAAGCUCAGGAAAAUAUACUGCAAAGAUGGAACUGAGAAGCCUAACGAGUGGAAGCAUAUGAUGAUUGUGGUUGUUCUUCUUCAUAUAAAUUGUUUUGCGCAAUAUGCAUUAUGUGGUCUUAAUAUUGGAUACCCGAGAUCCAAACGACCUGCUAUAGGAGUUGGUAUUUGUGUCUCUAUUGCAAUAGCUGCGCCAGCUGUCGCCGGUGUGUACAAUAUCCUUAGCCCUCUUGGAAAGGAAUAUGAUGCUGAAAUAGAUCAAGAAGCACAGGACGAGAAAAAAUACUCAUUUAUUUCAAGAGCAGAUAACAGUACUCCAGUAAGUUCACCACAAUGGAUUGGAGGUAUAUUUGAUUUUUGGGAUGAUAUCUCGCUAGCUUAUAUGUCAGUAUUCUGCAGUUGCUGUGUUUUCGGUUGGAAUAUGGAUAGGCUUGGAUUUGGCAAUAUGUAUGUCCAUAUUGUUACUUUCCUUCUAUUUUGUCUAGCUCCUUUCUUCGUCUUUAACUUGGCAGCACUGAAUAUUGAUAAUGAGGAUGUUCGCGAGGCUCUGGGUAUCUCGGGAUUCAUCCUUUGUAUAUUUGGACUGUUAUAUGGCGGAUUUUGGAGAAUUCAGAUGAGGAAGAGGUUUAAUCUUCCCGGGGAUAGUUUGUGCUGUGGUAGACCCUCGGUUACUGAUUGCUUUCAGUGGCUUUGUUGUUGCUUCUGUUCUCUUGCUCAGGAGGUGAGAACUGCGGACUAUUAUGAAGUUGUGGACGAUAAGUUGUGCCUGAAGAAAAUGAGUGAUGAUAAUGAGAAUGUGAUGUCUCCUUUGCCUCGUGAAGAUGGGUCUGCGAUAUUUGAAUCAAGCCAUACGUACUGGGGAGAAGAACGCUCAUCUGUGGGAGGUGAAAAUGGUAUGAUGAAACCCCCAAUUAUACCUGUUAUACAAGGACACGGUGAUCUGUUAUAAAUGUAUUGGUAGUAUUGUUCUAGAUUUGUAUUUUUUUCUGAUUCAUGUCUAUUUUACACUUCGCUGGUAAUAUAUAAAUAUUUGAGGUCCAUCUUCAUGGAAACAGUAA